GAUUCAGCUCUCACCAGCACGUGUGGAACAGCAGUGUGUGUGAUGGUGUGUGUGAGCAGAGCUGUGACCUCAGCGGUGUCCUGUCCUUCUCGGCAUCCUACCGCAUCAGGGUCAGGGCGGAGUCUGGAGGUCAAAGGUCGAACUGGAGCCACACCCUCAACUUCACCCCCGAUGAGGACACGUUGCUGGGGCAACCAUCCAGUGUGGAGCUGCAGGGGGGCGUUUCCAUGGUGAUGGUGCAGAUGCUGGAACCCCUCACCCACGACGACAAACCCAUGAGCAAUAUGAUGGGGGAGCUCAGCUACAGAGCACAGUACUGGGAGAGAGACACACCUGGGCAGAUACGUGAGGUGGACACACACAUCCCUCUACUCCUACUGCAAGAGCUGAAGCCUUACACGGAGUACUGCUUACGUGUGUGUGUCUUCAGCCUUGAUUAUAACAAGAUCAGCAACUACACACACACACAGUGCACUCACACACACGGCCAGUGUCCUGUGUGGCAUGUCCCUCUCGGUGUGUGUGCCGGUGUGUGUGUGUUGGUGCUGGCCACUCUCACACUCUUACUAAGGAAGAAGAUGGGGAAGUCUCCUCCGAAAUACCUCACACCAUGCAGCUUACAGGGUCCUCCUCUAUCCCAUCUCCACCUGCUGCACCUGGAUCAGGAACACUGCUCUAGGGCUGCCCUGGAGACAGCAGUCGCCUUGACAACCAGAGGAGAGGACUCUGGGUGUGGAGAAGAGAUGAGGGGAGUGUGUGAGGAAGAGAGAAGGGGAGUGUGUGAGGACUCUGGGUGUGCAGAAGAGAAGAGCGGAGUGUGUGAGGACUCUGGGUGGUAUUCCGGAGAGGACAACUCAGGCACCAGCAUCUCCUCACAGCUCCACAAACACACACACACACACUCACACUCACACUCACACUGCUGCCAUGGCAACAGCACGCUAGGAACACAAGCCUGCCUGGUCUUCCAGAACAGUCAGAUGGAACCUACACUUAAGGGCUUAUGUUCUCCACCUACCUGA